AUGGGUUGCAACGUAACUCAGCACAACAAAAACGGGUGGACAGCUGGACACUUCGCUGCUUCAGUUGGCUCACUUCAAAUUCUUCAAGCUUUACACGAAUGUGGUGAUCCACUCAACCAAAGAAAUGGUGCUGCAUGGACACCACUUCAUUACGCCAUGAAAUACGGCCAUCGUCAAUGUGUUGACUAUCUAGUAAGAAUUAAGGCCUUUGUAUUUGACCAAUACGAUUCUUUUGCAUCUCUCAUUCAUAUGGCUGCAAUUUCUAACUUUACAAACGCUGUUCAGGCCAUUCUUGACCGUGGACAUGGCUACGAUACUGUUACCCAUAAUAAUUGGGACUUUUUACUUUUUGCUGCUGCAAAUGGCGGAGCAGACUUACUUCGCAUCAUUCAUUCUAUGAUAUCUCAUGAUAAAUUCCUUACUACGGACUCACAAGGUCGUACAUUAUUCCAUGUUGCCGCUAUUAAUUUCCGAUUAAAUGUUAUUACAACAUUAGUUGACCUUGGACUCACAAAUAUAUCAGAAGUCGAUAGGUUCAACAAGACUCCACUACAUUACGCAGCUGAAUACGGCUAUCCGGCCAUAGUUGAUUAUCUAUCUUCUCGAAUUGACAUAAAUGCACGCGAUUACCUCGGCAAAACAGCUCUUCAUUAUGCUGCAGCCAACAAAUACUUCGAAGUUGUCAAUCUUCUCGCUUCAAAUCCAAAGAUUCAGCUUGAUUUACUUGACAAUCGUCAAAAAACAGCUAUUAUGUGUGCAUGCGAAGGUGGCAGCGUCAGAUGUGUUGAUUUCCUCAUCCAUAAAGGUGCAAAUACAUCAAUACCAGCUGCAAACGGCCUUACUUUGCCAAUUGUCGCUGUAAUGAAAGAUAAUUACGAACUUUUACAGUUACUUGGCAAAUAUUUGAACAAAAACGACCUCAGCUCAUGCGAUAACCGUGGUUGCAAUGCAGCACAUUACGCUGCACAGCUUGGAUUAACGAAAUUCCUCGAAUACAUGUCCGAAAAAGUUCCUGACACGAUAUUCAAAGCCAACCACAAAGGCCGCAAUCCACUGGCUGUUGCAGCAAGCUGGGGAAAGACAGAUUCACUUGAUUUCUUCUUCAAAGUCAAAGGAAUUGAUCUCUGCUCGCCAGAUAAUGAAGAAAACACUCCACUUCACCUGGCCAUUUAUGGCGGACAUCAUGAAUUUGCGAAAGCUCUUUUAAGAACAAAAGAAGUUGAAAUCAAUGCUCAAAACGAUGCUGGCGAAACUCCAUUGAUGUUAGCCAUUGUUAACUGGCUUCGCGAUGUCAUUUCGGACAUUUUCUCAACAUCGGAAUGGGAUCCAAAUCUUGCGGACAAUUACGGACGAACAGCAUUGAUGUUGGCUGCAAAAGAAGGCCAAGCAGAUGUUGUUCAAGUCAUUUUAUCCAAUCCAAGAAUCGAUCCAUCAGUUACUGACAACGACGGAUGGGGUCCACAACACUUUGCAGCUUUUCUGAGAACACCUGAAGUCAUGAAGAUAUUGGAGUCCAAACUCAAACUCGAUAUCAUUACUAAGAAAGGUUUGAGACCAAUUGAUAUCGCAAGGAACAAUGAUAAUUCCGAAAUUGUUGAAUACAUCGCAAGAAAACAAGAUGAAAUGAUGCCGAGAAGAAGAAACGCCCAACAAAACACAGUACAUCAGACUGUUAGUUUGGGAACAAUCGCAAGGACUUCUUCUGGAUCAUUACAUCCUCCUGACUUGCGAAAACCUCAACAAAUCACUCCUCCUCAACAUCAACAAAUAAGAAUAGAAAGUAAUAAUGAUUACGAUGAUGAGGAAGAAGAAGAUUUCGCUGGCGAAGAAGAGGAAUACUUUGAAAUUGAAAAUGGAGCUGAAUACGGAGAUGAUGAUUACGAAUUUAGAAAGGCUGAGAUGGAAGCAAUGGGUUAUGACCAAAAUGAUGCUAAAAAUUUUGAAGAAGAGGAAGAUUUAGAAUAUGAGGAAAAUAAAAAUGAAAAAGAAGAAAAAUAUAACCAUCAGAUUGUACAUUUAGGUAAUUCUGAUGAUGAUGUUGACGAUGAUGACGAAUUUGAUGAUGAUUAA